AUGUUAGAAAAUGGUAAUGAUGUGAUUGUAACAUCAAAUGAUGCAUUUAUGUCAAAGUGUUCCACGGACAUAAUAUAUGUUGAUUACAAGAAUAUUAUCAAAGUGAUAAAAAAAGGUUCUAUCAUUUAUAUUGAUGAUGGACUCAUAAUGCUUCUUGUUCAAGAAAUUGACGGUGAAUCAAUUUACUGUAAGAUCGAGAAUGGUGGCUUAUUGGGAAGUCAGAAAGGUGUAAAUUUACCGGGAGCAUUGGUUGAUUUUCCGGCUGUAAGCGAACAAGAUCAUAAAGAUUUACGUUUUGCUGUUGAAAUGGAUAUUGAUAUCAUCUUUGCAUCAUUUAUUCGAAAUGCCACCGAAAUUCGUGAAAUACGUCAAAUUCUUGGUGAAAAAGGAAAGCAGAUUAAAAUCAUUGCAAAAAUUGAAAAUCAACAGGGAGUUGAUAAUGCUGAUGAAAUUAUUCGUGAAGCAGAUGGAAUAAUGGUAGCACGCGGUGAUUUAGGCAUUGAAAUACCGCCUGAGAAAGUAUUUCUCGUUCAAAAAAUGCUUAUAGCUAAAUGUAAUAUAGCUGGUAAACCGGUUAUUUGCGCUACACAAAUGCUUGAAUCGAUGGUUUAUAAGCCACGACCUACUAGAGCUGAAGGUAGCGAUAUAGCAAAUGCUGUUUUGGAUGGUGCUGAUUGUGUAAUGUUAAGUGGAGAAACAGCUAAGGGAAAAUAUCCAAUUGAAGCAUUAUUAACAAUGCAUCAGCUUUGUAAACAAGCAGAAAUGGCAAUUUUCUAUACGAGAACAUCAGAAGAGCUAAUACGUUUAACACCAAAACCAACCGAUCAUGCUCAUACGAUUGCAAUUGCUGCAAAUUCCGCCGUACAAUCAUCGGAAGCUGUAGCUGUCAUUUGUAUCACUGUUAGCGGAAGGGCUGCAACUUUGGUUUCGCGAUAUCGGCCUCCUGUACCUAUUUAUGCCGUAUGUACGAAUUAUGCUAUCAGAAGACAACUUCAUUUAUGGCGUGGCAUCUAUCCUAUAUAUUUUGAAGCAAUAAAUACGGAUGGAAGAGAAGAUUUAUAUGAUCGUAUUCGAUAUGCUGUAAAAUGUGGUAAAGAGCAAAAUGUUAUACAUGACGGUGACCCUUUGGUUGUCGUCAGUGGCGCAAAGCAUGGAUAUGGUGCUACAUAUGGACUUCGCAUUGUUAAAGCUUAA